AUGCGGCAAGCUUCUGCGACGCUGUGGAUUGUGGAAGCUCAAGCGUUGUGGAAGCUGGGACUGGCGGCGCAGCGCCCCAAGAAGCGUGGAUUUAAAGAGCUCCUAGAAAAGCGAAAAUUGCCGGUAGAUGGGUGGCCUGAUGAGCAUAUUGAAGAGCUGGUGCAUCAAAUAGCGUCAUUGGAUAGCAACAAUUUUCCGCACAAAGUGGGAUUGGGCGAGCGGGAGGCGCGCAUCGCUUGUCGACUUGUGUCCCGACGUCACUACAACUUUGGGCAUGGCAUAGGACGCUCUGGCGAUCUGCUGGAGCCGCAGCCCAAGGCAGCUGGCUCCACUCUGCUCGCACACCUCACGAAUGCUCUGAUCUUGGAUCUAAUGCAGGGGCUAGGCCUGCCCAGCUGCAGAGGCUGUUUUCUGGUGCCGAUGUGCACCGGCAUGACCAUCACACUGUGUCUGCAGAGUCUACGCAAGCAACGUCCACUCGCCAAAUAUGUCCUCUGGUCACGCAUCGACCAAAAGUCCUGCUUUAAAGCUAUUACGGCCGCAGGUCUGGAACCCGUGAUAGUCCCCUGCCUGGUGCAGCAUCAAGCUCUGAGCACCGACGUGAAUGCUUUCGAACAAAAGAUCGAGGCUCUGGGUGCAGAAACCAUCCUAUGUCUGUACACGACCACCAGCUGCUUCGCCCCACGAAACAGCGACAGCAUCGUUGAGAUUGCCCAGCUGGCCAAGCCCUGCGACCUGCCUCAUCUCGUGAACAAUGCGUAUGGGCUGCAGAUCGGUGCCAUCUCACGGCAGUUGGAGCGGGCCCAUCGAUUGGGCCGCAUCGACUACUUUGUGCAGAGCACAGACAAGAAUUUCCUGGUACCUGUGGGUGGUGCCAUUGUGGCCAGUUUCGACCAGAGCCUCUUGUGCCUGGUGGGCAGUAGCUAUGCGGGUCGAGCCAGUGGUUCCCAAGCGCUGGAUGUCUUCAUGACGCUGCUGUCACUGGGACGGACCGGCUACCACUCGAUGAUCCAGAAGCGGGAGGAUAACUUUACUUAUCUCAAGGAACAGCUCAUAGAAUUCGCACAAGGCCAUGGCGAACAGGUUAUUGAGAGCAGGGAUAACUUUAUAUCGUUAUAUCGUGGUCCCUGGUCAAAGCAAAACUAUAGAUGGUCAUGCAUUCUCAGGUCAGUUCAAAAAUACUUUCAGUUAACAAAUCUUUUCUAUUCGUUGGAGUCGUUCUAUUCAGAUUUUGGUUCCCACCAGUCGAAUCUGGAACUGCCCUAUCUUACCGUGGCGGCUGCCCUGGGCAUCACUCGAGAGGAGAUUGAUAAGUUCUUUAAGAUCUUUCACAAAUGCUGGACGAAAUUGAACCAGUCGCUCUGCGAAAAUAAAUCAAAAAAAUAA